GUUCAAAUUGUUACUGCUAGCAUGACUGUGUUAAGCCUGAUCUUCACUCAAAAUCAUCAGUUUUUAUAAAUUUAUGAGGAGCUGCCAGCUCGAUCACAGGUAGUAUUAAUUUUGGGAGGGCUACAAGGAGAAUCAUGCAAGAAGAAGUCACGAAUUGAAAGUGAAAGUGAUUACCGCCAUUGUUUUUCUUGCUCAUCUAUGAUUACUUUUCUGCGUUUAAUAAGCUUAAGUACCUACUUGACGUUAAUUAUUUCAAAACCUGAUACUUGCUUAUCUUCCUCAACAGCUUUUCUCCUGUAAUGGUGUAGUUUAUCGAGCUGAUGACUCCCUGUCUACAUAUAUAUAAACUUACUUGUGUGUCCGUUUAUACGCGCGUGACAACGUUCGCAAAGCGGUCUUGGUUGGUAGAAUUUCCAGGAACCGAUGAAAGACAAAGUGUUCCAUGAUAGCUCACAAAGUGACGAAAAUAACGAAGUCGGCAACAGAGGUUCUUCAUCAACAGUUCCUCCUUUUAUCCCAGCUGGUAAGACUCGCAAGAGGCAUCUUCCUGAUUAGUUACAAAAAAAAAAUUAUAGCAACUGAUCAGGUAGGUAAAACAAGCAUGAUCAUAGCUUAAAGUUAAAAAACUCUAUGUGGUGACCUGUUGCUUUGAUUUGUUUUUUCCUUUGAGAAAAAAAACCUUGCUUCUUCACAACUCAAUGGAGACUAGUAACAGUUAGAAGACAGUGUCUAUUAUAUAAGCUUCAAUACUUGUGAAAUUUAAACCGUUUUUUCAUAAUUAAAUUGUAAUCUACAGUAAUGUAUAAUCUGAACACUAACAAUUUAAUUGUCUACACUGUAUUAGACUUGAAAUUGUUUGACAAGGAGUUUCGAUCAACGCAGCUGGUCUUCAGUUAUCAAGGUGGAAAAAAGGUUAGUGAGUUAUUCCCCCCCAUAUGGAUUUCUUUAACUGUUUACUGUUAUAUUUAUUAUACCAAUCCACUUAACAUGUUAUGUCAAUGGAGAGGAAGGGUCUUAUGGUGUAUGUGGAAUAAGGUCCUAAGUGAUUGCUGAUCUAAUAUCGGCAACAAAACUGUUGGGACAUCAGUGUACUCAAAUAGGGUAACUAAAGAGAACAAAAGAAUCCGCAACUAUUUUGUUUUCUGUCUUUUUUACUUUCGGUGUGCCUUGUUUUGAUAAAGGAAAGAAUAAGAAAUUUUGUGGGACACGCCACAUUGCAUGAUGUCAAGGCAUGCUAAGUGUGACAUGAAAUGUCACAUUGCACUGAAAAUAAUGAAAUAGCCAUAUUCUAAUAAUGUUUUAAAAUAUAGGCAUGAUUACAUCAAUCAUAACAAAAAAAAGUGCCACCAAGGGUUUUAUAUCCCAGCGAGAAUAAAUAAGUUGAAUUAGUUUUCUUUAGCAUGUAUGGUCACUUUGCAAUUCAGACAAUCGGUAACAAAAUUGUUGAGACAUGUACUCAAAUAGGGUAACUACAUAGAAUAAAAGAAUCCACACCCCUCUCUCCUCCCCUUCAUUCAAAGUUGGGGUGUUUGUUGUUUUCUAUAGGUAGCUUGAACAGCAGCACAGUGUUGCAUGGAGGGGAUGGGAGAGGAAAAGCUGUAUUUUCCCCUCUGGAAGUCAGUAAAGCAUCAGAAAGCCCCUUUAGAGCGAACUGUCAGAACUAAUUUUGUCACCGAUUGUAGCAUCACAUUCUUUCUUUUCUACAUUGUAUAUGCUUCAUAAGCAUAUAUGAUGCAGAUUGGUAGGGGAAGUUACCAGUUAAUCAGUUCUAAAAGUUACUUUGAACUUUGUUCUAAGCACUCCAUCAAUUAUGUGUUUAACCUUACUGACUUGUUGUAAUCAAUGAGCUUGAGAGUUGACAGUUUGUUAGAAAGUCAAUGAAGGUCCUUAGCCAUUGAGGCACAGCAAGUGCUGUUAACCUUGAAAACUACAGUGAUUGGGAACCAUUCUGGUAUGCAAUGCAUGCUAAUAUAAAAUGACAAUAACACAAAAAUGAUAUCAAUGGAAAAUACUAACUAUGAGUACCUUACUGAUAUGUUGAUAAUAAUUUACGGUAUAAUGGAGCAAGAAAAGCUUAAAAGGUGAAAGGAGGGUCCGUACUCCAUAGCCUGCUGUAAUUUGGGUAGUUUAGAAAAGCUGGUGGUCUACAAAUCCACCUUUUAUGUUGCCAGUACAUGUGGUAAAAGAUUCUUCAUGCUGGUCUAACCGUGCAAUAUGGACUGCGUGGUACCCUUGUUAGCUUCUGACAGUCUUCAGCCACCUGAAACUAAAUUGCAUUUCAUUUGCCUUAGGUUCCAAGGCUCAGGGAGCCCAGGAAUUUGUAUGCAUUUUGCAAGGAAAAGGGGCUACAGUCUUCACCAAGAUGGUAAGAUUCAAAAAUGACUGCGAGAAGAAAAGUUAAGCACUCUGUAUUGACUCUGGCCACACUAUUUACUAUAUGUACAUGGAUAAAACUGUACAUAAGACUGUUACUCACAGUCGUGCCUCUCUCAGCAAACUAAUGUACUGUAUGCUAUAACUGCAGCCUUCUCUCAUCACUUCUCUGAAGGACAUUUUAGCAAUGAGCGAUGAUGUAGAUUUAUUUGUGUGUCUCUUUUUCACACAUGCAUGGUUUGUAAACAGUUAUAAACAGGAUUAUAAUUUACAGCCUCAAUGACAAACCUCUCAGUUCCACCCUUGUCAAGGUCAAUCCCACUGUUUUUUCCCAAUCCCAUCCACCCCUUCCUUUUACUGUCAUCACAUAUCAGAACAGUGUCCACUACAUGUACAUGUAUAUACCCUUCAGUCAAUCUUUUCUAGAAUAAAUACCUUACAAACUGGCAAGUGCUAUCUGUAGGUUUUCACCUCAUGUUGUUAUACUGUCAAGGGAAAGGAAUGAAGAAAGGCAGGGCUGGCCGGACCAUCUGUUUUUGUGAGGUGCCCAUAAACAGAAAGUUUUCUUAAUAAUAAAUAGCUGUAGGUUCUACCUAACAACUUCCUCUAUGUAACCGUCUCUGCUUGUACAUUGUACAUGUAUACAGAACUGUGUUGCUUUGUUUAAUACUAGUCUUGUGCAUGUACUACCUGUUACUGCGCAGGCAUCAGAAUUAUACUGUGCUGAAGUUUGUCUGUUUACACCAAUUUUCAGGCCAGCACAGAUGAAAAUUUUGCCUGUUCGUCCCAAACACAUCCACUAUGUACCAAGAAAUCCAGAACCUUUUGUCAAGCAAGGUUAGCAAAUAGAUUGAUAAUAAUUAAUGAAAUCAAUUUUGACAAGCGUCCAUCUACUACAUGUGCAUCCUAGAUCAACUUAGACUUUGGAAGUGCAAAUUUUUUGGAAAGGGAGAAACCAGUCAGUGCCUGGAGAAAGACAUGUCAUGCAGAACCAGGUUGAGAACCAUCUCAGAACCAACAACAAAUUUAAUCCACGUAACAGUUGUGUCACCUUUGGGCACUGAACCCAGGACACAAAACAAGAACUAGGCAAACACCGUCACUAGUGAGCUCCAUUUCAGUAACCCUCACUCACCAGUUCAUUUCUGUCUGUUAAUGAAAAGAAAAUGCUCUAUUAAGUAGGGCCCACCAGCGUGCAAAGAAAGUAGUGUCCAAUAGCCCGGAGCUAGUGGAUUUUGCUAUUGGGCUAGUGAAUUCUGUUUUUCACUUGCCCAAUGGGCAAUGGGCAACUGAUGUUUUUUUGAGGAAUUCAAAUAACGUGGAAUAACUGUGAAAUCGGUUCUGCUAGUCAAAAAGUUUUUGCAGCUAGUUGAAGUGACGUCUGGGCUAGUAAAUGCUAGCUUCAGCUUCCCUGAAUGGCAAGCUGUAAAUAAAAAUGAUUUUCUUUGCACCCUGGCCCAGUCUCUGACUGUCCAACCAUGAGUAUUUUAAUUUUUGGGAAACCUACCAUGAACUUGCUUGUGUACUCUGCAUGCCGUUGUGUUGAAACGUUUGAAACAAUAAUUGAUGUAUAUUUGAUGCUAGGGUUCUUGUUUUCAAGGACAUAUGUGAAACAUUGUUUUAUAACAGUGUGGAGUCAAAUGACUGAGGUCAUUUUGUGUUAAAUGGAAUACCAAAUUGUCAAUUCACGUAGUUAUCAUUUUUUGAAACAGUGUAUUUUCUCUCUGUUAUUGCAGAGAAGACAUUAGAUGAUGUCAAUCUUACCAAGCUACCUUCUGAUGAAGGAACAGUGGUGUACAAUAAUGAGCCUGGACCUGAGAAAUAUGUAAGUGCAACACAUUAUUUCCAAGUUAUACUGUAGUGCAGUUAUGUAGUGUGACAACCAGUGUGGCUUGAUGAGCUGCCAAAUUCAUUAGUAGUUACAGUGUAUGCCUGGAGAACGUUUCCUUGAGAAGAUAAUUUGGAGCUUAAUCAACCACAGCGACAAGGACAACAACAACAAUAAUUGAUAAUUAGUUUUAUGAGCAAAAUAACAGCUCUGCACAUGCAUCAUGCUUUCUAGUGCAUGUUGCAUUUCUUUGAUGUCCAUUGCACGUUGGCGUGAAAUCUCCUAAUGCAACGUUCUAUGGGGGACGUGAACAUAUGAAGCUCCAUAAAGUCCUUAAGAAUUUAAGUCCAGGAGAAAUUGCCUACAUUUGACAAAUUUAGUAGUUUCAAAUAAACACGACAAAGUUUAAGAGGAUGCAAACUAAUUAAUUUUUUUUUCAACGAGGUUUUUAUUACUGUUAUUGUCAUUGCUAAAGCUCUCCAUUAUUGUAAUGCAUUAUUACUGCGUUAAUUUUUUCAUUUGUGGCGAUUAAUCUUCAGUUUGUCAGGUCUCGUGUUGGUGGCAGUCAGAUUUUGAACAAACCCUUUUAUAAGUUAACAACACCUGAUGACCAUACUCUGCUUUUUGAGUCUCGAUUUGAGUGCGGGAAUCUCUUGAGGGCAAUAAAAGUGUGAGUAAUUGUAACAUGUUGUGUAAAUUUUAAUUCGUGAUGUUGUGCUAACAGGUCUCUUAUUUAAUUACCCACAGCCUUACAUGUAUAUAAAUGUACAAUGUAUGUUCACACAAAACAUGAGAAAAGGUUGACAGCCUUAUGAUUUCAUUGUCUACAUGUAUUUGAGUGGUCAUUGGGGUAGGGAGACGGGGGUGGAGGGUUAGGGUUAGGGUUAGAGCUGUUUUCUCAGGCUACUAAUGGGAGAUGUACGCAGUAACUUAAGUUUUUUCUUUACUUGUCGUUUACUGUUCAUCAUUCCCCCCACUCAGAAAUCAGUAAUGUUAUGUCAUUUUUAUCCAUAAUUAAUUGUUUUGAGCUGUUUUUCUGUACUCAUUUUCUAUUUUGAGAAUUCCUCACCAUAAAUCUGACGUUUGUUGUUUGCAGUAAACGGGACUCUAAAUCUUUCUAUAAUGCCUUUUUGUGUGAUUUUGGAUUUGAAAGAAAGGAAAUAAAAAUUAAUAUGGACCAAGAAGGAUAAAGUCGAACUACAACUUAUGCAGCAAAUUUACACGACCCAUCGUGGCAGGAUUCAUAACCCAGUCGGUAGAGCGCUUGACUGCAGAGCAGGAGGUGGUGGGUUCGAUUUCCCGAACCGGAACAAUACUCAGGGUCUUAUUGAAGACGUUAAAAUAGUGACCUCAAUUAGUGCUUUUAUGCAAAAUACAUUGACACUCAAAAUAAGUGCUUUUGUUGUAAAAUUACCAACAUUGUUUUGUUCGAUUGAUCUUUUAGAAAUGAUCAUGAAUACCAGCUGUGGCUGAGAAAUGAUUUAUACACCAAUAAACACACACAGUGGUAUUACUUCAGAUUACAGAACGCCAGGCCUGACAUCAAGUACCAGUUCACCAUCAUGAACCUACUUAAGGUGAGAGAGGAGGCUGGGAAAAAGGACACGUUUAUUUAAUUAUUGUUCGUUGCUUUUUUUUGAGGUGUGAGAAACUUCUGAUUCUGAUCGCUUGAUGUUGAAUGCAAUGGGCCCUUCCACGAUUUUUAACAUGGACCAGGAAGUGAAACAAUGCUAGAAAGAUUUGUACAUUUGCCAAGUGUUAGGCUAACGAGGAUAUAGAUCCACAAAGUCACGAAAUUUUACAGGUUAUUCUAUGUUGGGGUAUAAACUUGCCUACCCCCCCAACUACCAUUGUCACGACCACCAUACAGACGUCCGUCGGGAGCCCAUGACUCAUAGGCGCCAGCCUCUGUGAAAAACGAAGAAUGAAAACGAGAAACCAUAAUACGGUUUGCAAUGAAAUUAUUGCCUACAAAUUUGCAAGUGAAAAAGGGAAACUUCAUUUUAUAUGAAUAUGAUGUAUUAACCCAGAUUUUGUUUCUCUUCUCAUACUGUAGUCUGGCAGUCUUUAUAAUGAAGGUAUGAGACCUUUGCUAUACUCAGAAAUAGACGCCGCAACCAAGAAAAUCGGCUGGGUCCGAACUGGAGAAAACAUCAAGUACUACAAAAAUGGCGUCAGGUAUAGUACAGAAGAUCUGUUCUUGAGCUGCUGUAGGCUAACCAGUUUUCUUAAGGUAAACGUCCUGCACAAAUCGGGCCGUGUGGAUCGAGAGUAGUAAAGGAAAAGUACUUACUAUGUAAUGAAAUCACGUUAUUUAAACCAACCCCUAUUUUUCUAUAUGACAAUAGCGAAUGAAGUUAGCGUCAGUGAUACAUGUAUUAAAAUGUAUGGAACAGGGCUUCCUUUGACAUAACGUACCUUUGAAACAUGCACACGAUUUUUCCAGUCUUGGCACUGCGUUAUAGCCGAGUUCCACUACAGUUUCGUUGGUAGGAAAUCGUCGAAGAGCAUUUUCAGUCGGAUCUUCAUGAGUGAAAACUGAAGUAAUUGCGUCAGCCAAUCACAGUGCGAGUAGACGUUCAAAUUUACCUAUCAGUGAAGCAAAAACAGCGGGCGAAAAGCGCGGGAAAACGCGUGUGAGCAAGUCAUGACGGUAUAAUGGGUUUAUUUUUCAUUAGUGGAAGGAAAUGGCGUGAUCUUUUUUUGAGCCAAUCACGUGCGAGCUGAUAGUAAAAUACGCCAAUCAAAUUUCGAAGAAAUGCUCAUAGGGCGGCCGAGUGCAAAGCGCUGAAAAAAUGCGUGCACCCCGAAUUUGUUUUCCAUCCAAUCACAGAACACAGUAAUCCAAUGUUAAUUGCUUUGGACCUCACUAAAAUUUUUAACCACUUUUUUUCUUGUUGUCAUUGUAGACGUGAAGACACCACCAAAGAAAAGUAUCACUAUUCUCUGACCUGGACGUGUGACUUUCCAAAUGAGGACGAUACGUACUACUUUGCGCACUGUUAUCCCUACACCUACUCAGAUUUACAGGUUUGUCUUCUGAAUUCAAAAUCCUUUACUCUUAAAUUUCUAAUAUAUGGAUUUAGCCAGGGCUAAAAGCGAAGCUCUGGUUAAUAAUACGUGUAAACAAAAAAAAAAUUAAUCGUGCAAUGCUAAACGGGGACGACAGUGAAAAUGGCUUCAAGACUAAUAGAUCUAAUUAGCAAAAAAAAAAAAAAAAAAUUGCACGUGCAGCACACUUUUUCUACUAUAUCAACAAAAACCAAAUUUGCACGUGCAGCACGCUUUGCUUUGCACGACAACAACGCUGUUUUGUACGACCAAAACUUCAAACUUCCUAGUUACACAUUAUUUUUAUGGAGGAAUUGUCGUGUGUGCUUACCCAAUAUUUUCUUUCCUGUGUUCGCUUUUAUUUUUCACUGCCGCUGAUUUUCACCUUGUUGGCUGCUAGCAUUUCUCGUUUUUCACCGCCGCUUUGAAUUUCCAUGUUUUUCUUCUUACGAAAUUCGUCUCCUUUGUUUUGUCAAUCACUCGCUCUAGCUCUUUCUCUGUUAUCCACGUUAGUGUAAACAUAAAAAAUAACGCCGACAAAGAUACGACUUUGUUGUUGUUUUUUCUUUCUAAAAGUCCCGGCGGCCAUGUGAUUUCCUUCCAAAUAAAACCUUGAGUUGCAUUUGGGUUGCCAUACCUGUUGAUUGAGUUAUUUUACAUUGGUAUGCCUGUGGUGCGGACGGACGGGCGGUCGGUCGGUCGGUCGGUGUACGGUACUGUGAACAAUUUCAAUAAAGCAUAUAGGGUAGACUAGAAAAGCCCUUUUUUUGCUCAAAUUAACCCGCUAAGAAUGAGAUCUGGAGGUCCAAUGAUUUCUUAAACCGCGGCCUAAGUUAGACUUCGUUUGAAUAACGGACGGCGACGGCUACGAGAACUUCAGAAUAGCAAGCGAUAUCUUUAAUGAGCAAAACAACAACUUUGCACAUGGAGCACACUUUUUUUGUACAUUUCUCUGCGUCAGUGUACGACCACGACGUGAUGCCUAAUUUCACGCUCUUAAGGAGGACGUAAACGAGCGACUACGAAAAAUUUUUUUCUGUUUCGGAACUUGGAUAUGGUUCUGAGGAUUUCAACUAUAUGGGAGUUCGCCUACAUUUAACAAAGUUACUUGAGUAGGACUAAUCGCGGUCAGAAAUGAAAGAGCUGCCGAGGUCGUGGUUGGAAGACGAUACUGACUAACUCUAGGUGUCCGCCUUGUAGUACUGUUGGACAUUAAAGAAAAGGAAUGCAGAAUGACAACAUCGCUAUUCAACUCGUUUUGCAGCAAUGUUGCAAAACAAGUUGCAUGUUUUUUUGUUGCCGGUUUUUCUGUACCUUAAGCUCGUGCAAAGACGGCCGGUAUCGUGAAUAAGGUCUUUUCAAGUCGCUCCUCACUAUCUGAAUGGCUUUAAAAAAACCUUUCAGCCUAACGUAGUUGAUGUAGGAAAUGGUAAGCAUGUUGUACAUUGCAACCAGUUUCCACCGAUAUUUGACCCUCCAUACAUGGAUACAUAAGCUCUUUUUCCUUACGAUACUUGUACCUUUUCUGUUUGUUUUGCAAGGAAUAUCUUCAAAACUUGAGGAAUGACCCCGUGCGAUCGAGAAUUUGCAAACAGAGGGUGUUAUGUCGCACUCUUGCUGGGAACUUUGUUUAUAUUCUUACAGUGACGAAUCCCUCGAGAAGGCCAGCUGAUGCCGAGGUUUGUAAAAUAACUCGUCAUAACGUUUUUUUGUGUAAGGCAAAUAAUGGAAAAUUAGUAUCUGUAAUCAAAUGGUGACGAGUGAAAUUAGGGAAUAAUUUCACGAGUAUACCGUUAUUCCCUAAUUUCACGAGUAUACCAUUUGAUUACCUAUUAGUAUCAUGGGUGACGAAUUAACGCUGUUAUACUACAACAUUAGAAAUUUCUGCAAUUUGAUUGGCUUAGAAGAGUGGUAUUUCAGCUUAAUUUCAAAUACCUACAUGUGAAAAUUACAAACCUUUUGCGGGUAGUAGUAUAAACAAAUAAUAGCAUGAUUUGUACGUGAUAUUUGGCAUAAAUACCACGAGUGAUAUUUCAACAUUGUCUCAAAUUUAACUCGCCUAACGGCUCGUGAAAUUACGUAUAACAAUUUUGAAAUAUCACUCGUAGUAUUUAUGCCAAAUAUCACUACAAAUCAUCCUAUUACCUAUACAAAUUUCGCGCCAAAAUCGAGGAGUACUUCGUCACCCAUGAUGUUAUGGUUGUAAUUAAUAAUCUCACAUCUGAAAUUACAGAAUUGCCAUGGAAGCCUUCCGUACACGUGUCUUAGUGCCAAGAUGGCGACGAAGUUUAAAAAUGUUAUGAAUGAAGAUGUUAGGGAUUAAAAUACGCUUUAGAAAAUCUAAACAAACGAAAAAGUACACCAAGAAAACCUCAAAACGUACCUGAAACGUUGUCAUAAUCAGCAUUAGCAUCAUCAUUAUCAUCAUCACUACUGCCACCACCAUCACCACCGCCAUCAUCAAUAUCAAUCAUCAUCAUCAUCAUCAUCAUCAUCAUCAUCAUCAUCAUCAUCAUCAUCAUCAUCGUGAGACCUUUGCUUUACUUAGAGCUAGACGCCGCACCUAAAAAAAUCAGCUGGGUCCGACCUGGGGAAAACAUCAAGUACUCUAAAAUGGCAUCAGGUAUUAAGCAGAAGCUUUUGUAGCAAACCAGUUUUUUUUUUGUAAGAUGAAAGCCAAAUCAUGCCGUUUGAACCAAGGGUAGAAAAGAAAAAGUACUUUCAACGAAACCCCAUUAUUUAACCGUGGAGGGCUGGGUACGAGUCUGUUUAUUAUGGGAUAAACAACACGAGACCCACGUAGUGAGAAAGGGCACGUUGGGGUUAGGAAAACAUCAAGUACUCUAAAAUGGCAUCAGGUAUUAAGCAGAAGCUUUUGUAGGCAAACCAGUUUUUUUUUGUAAGAUGAAAGCCAAAUCAUGCCGUUUGAACCAAGGGUAGAAAAGAAAAAGUACUUUCAACGAAACCCCAUUAUUUAACCGUGGAGGGCUGGGUACGAGUCUGUUUAUUAUGGGAUAAACAACACGAGACCCACGUAGUGAGAAAGGGCACGUUGGGGUUAGGAACAUUCUUAAGUUUGGCGUUGAUUGGGCCUGUAUUGAACACGAUACAUACAUUAAAAAACUCCAAAAUUUACUAAGAAAUGUAUAGACGUCCGGACGGUGUGUCCGGCAAUCCAUAUAUCUCUUAUAAAUUUUCAAGAUUUUAAAUAGCUGCGUCUUGUUCAAUAGUGGCCCGAUUGACACCAAAGUUGGGAUUUUUCUUAAACUCAAUGUUCUCUUUCUGACUAUGUGUCUCUUGUUGUUUAUCCCACAACAAACGGACUUGAACCCAGCUCUCUUGGGAAUGGAAUUAGGCAAUGCAUAUGUUAGGUUACAGUCCACGUUCAAUUAAACCCACUGUACAUGUGGUAUUAAUUAUGUGUUUGUUUGACAGGCCAAACAUGGUGUGGUGGUGACGGCACGGGUUCACCCGGGAGAAACAAACUCAAGUUGGAUGAUGAAAGGACUUUUAGAUUAUCUCACAAGCAAUGCUGCUGAUGCUAAGGUUCCAUAAGACUGUUGACUGUUUUGUGUUUGUUUAACAGCUGGUAUAAGGUGAUUUAGCAUAGGAUUGUCUGAAACAAUUAAGGCUGAUCAUGGCGAGGUUGAUUACAUAAACUGCAACUGCUUUCUUGUACACUCGAUAUCAGCCAAAAUGUCAGUAUUUCUCGCAAAGUUCACCUAUAACCUAGACUACGAGCGUUCUCUCUUUUUCUUAGUCUGUCGAGCGGAACGUGCGAGACACGAAAAUGACCACGCGUGUGACUAAAGGCGCGAGACGGGAGAGGCUUCGCCGCUCGACGCUCGCGCGCUCGUGCACUCCCCUCUUUAAAUCUGAAGAAAAAUAGAGACUGCUUGCAGUCUACCUAUAACCAGGCCAUUCAAACGUAUCCCUUAUAGGUCGAUUCAUUUUCAGCAUACUCGCAUAUCCGUUGAAAUGUUUCAUUGUUUUCCGGCUUAAAAACAGUAAAAAUUCCCAAGAGGCCAAGGAGACGGCCAUACGCAUACAGCUAUUUCGAGAAAGGUUGUCGGAAAAAGUGCACGCGACAAACCCGAAAGGUAUUGUGGGUGCUUUUGAGUGCACUGGUCCUCAAAGAAAUUUGAAAGAAUGGCACGGGAGGCCACGGACAUAUGUUUGCGAGUGCUAAAGGAAAGCAACAAAAGUAGGUUCGACAGCGACAGUCGUUAGGAGCAGUGUAAUGAUCAUAUCCCAUAUUACCUUUCAUAUCCCAUAUUACCUUUCGUGUGUACAUUUUUUCCGACAACCUUUCUUGAAAUCAUGCGAAAUAGCUGUAUGCUUCAAAUUAAUCCACCCUAAAAGCAAAGGACGUAAACAAGUGCCGACGACAUUUGGAACUUUGAAGAGUUCAACUCCAAAAGACUCCAUAAGAAAUUGGAAUUGGAAUCAAUGUGGUCUUUUCUCUCUUGUUUGCAGCUUCUACGAGACACGUUCAUUUUCAAGAUUGUUCCCAUGCUGAACCCAGAUGGAGUCAUUGUUGGAAACUAUCGCUGUUCAUUGGCUGGCAGAGAUCUGAACAGGAACUAUAAGACGGUUUUGAAAGAUUCUUUUCCUCCAAUAUGGCACGUGAGGAGCAUGGUUCGAAAGUGAGUAUGUUCUUCGUCUGUAGUGAACUUUACUUGAAUGCUUGGGACUUUCAGUACAGUCUAAAAUCUACGUAAUUGUGCAUUUUUUUGGCAGGUUGUUAGAGGAACGAGACAUAACUUUGUACUGUGAUCUUCAUGGGCAUAGUCGUAAACAGAAUGUGUUUAUAUAUGGCUGUGAAAAUAGGUUUGAUCCCCUAAAAAGACUCAGGGAGAGAAUUUUUCCUGUAAUGAUUUCGAAAAAUGCGCCAACCAAGGUAAAUUUUGUUGCAGGUGUGAUAUACUUAUGUAAAAUCAGCCUUGUUUUGUUGUUGUUGCUUUGUUUGUCCUUUUCUGCUCGUCUUGUAGUUGUAACCUGAAUUUACUUUUUUUUCUUUCACCGUAGUUCUCAUUCAAAAGCUGCAAAUUUAAGGUCCAAAAAAGCAAGGUAGGUGUAUCGUUUUGGGGAUAAAAUGAACAGAGUUGGUUUCCUUUAGUUAGUCUUGUAUGUAAUUUUGGCUGCUCUAUGGGGGAUACCUGAUAUGAUAGCGUAUUUUUGAUUGUGCUGUUCUUGGUUGUCCUGUGCAGGAAGGAACUGGGAGAAUUGUGAUGUGGAACUUGGGAAUUUUGAACAGCUUCACUAUGGAGGUAAUUCUGCGUGUCGUUUUUUUUAAUGUUUUGCAUGCUAGUCCACGCUGCGGCGAGACGUUUCUACAGUGAGUAGUGUCUGUGUGAGCUGUCUGCUAUUACUCGACGUACAGCUUUUCAAACUACAGUCGAAGCUCUCUUUACGACCAUUCUCGUAAGCGUCCAGCUCUAGUUACGACCACCUUUGUGAAACCCCGUUUGACCCGUGACUGAAACUUUGUAAUGAAAAGCUUUCGUAAGAGACCGCUUUUGUAAGCGAUCGCAACCACUUUUUGGAAUCACCCAACUGGACUUUUCGUUUGUUUUAAAGCUCUCGUAAGCAACCACUCAGAGUCUUAUUCAUAUAAAUCUCAACUUUAAUGAAACUGAAUACUAUGCUAAUGGUUCGUUGAAAAACAUUUUGCACAGUGCAGUAUUGUAUUUUGUAAACGUCCAAGUUCAUCUUAGCCUGCGUGCCAACGACCACUCAGUGUCUACAUCAGGUACACGUAUCUGAGAAUCAAACCAUACCGGAGUCACCUGCGUGUCUUAAAAUUUUUCUGAUUUUGUGGCCAUGCCUUUAGUUUGGUUCGUUUGUUUUUCCUAGGCAACCUUCUGUGGCUCGUCAUUGGGAAAACGUGCAGGGUAUCACUUUAACACAGUCGACUUUGAGUCAAUGGGAUAUCAUUUGUGUGACACUCUGUUAGACUACUGUGAUCCUGAUGAUUCGAAGGUUUGUCGUAGCUUUGAUUUCCAGCACAACGGGAUUUAAAUAAAAGAAGCAAUGUGAAUAUCUUAUCACCCACUACCCUCAAGGCUUUUCAGGAAUAAUUUUCAACACUGGUUGGGGGACGUUCUUCUAAACUGCUUAUGGUACAGUUUACAAUUACUGAAAGAAAGAGUAUUGAUGCCCCCUAUGUGAGUGUGAAUUUGAGAUUGACCACCACACCGGGGUCUUCGUCCCCUUCUCAUAACAAUAUCCAUACAAUGUCAAGAGAUUAGGUUAUGAGAAUUAAUUAAAUGAUCACCAAAGAGAAAAUGCUUUGAUCUUUUAUCAAACUCUCUCAACUUAUUCUUUAAAGAAAUGUAUAGAGAUCAGUUUGGAGAAUUCGCUUGUGGAUAUUGGGGCUUAAAGGGUUAAGAUCCAAUGACCGCAACGAGAACGUCAAAAAAGAAAAUAAUAAAAGCGAAAAACAAUAGGUUUAAUAAGCAAAAUAAACAACUUUGCACGUGCAUCACACUUUUUUGUACAUUUCUUUACCGUUUUACGCCAUGAAAAUGUCUAAUUUCGCGUUUUAAAGAGAACGUAAACAAGCAACGACGAAAUUUUAUUUCUCUUUCUGAACUUGCAUAUGGUCCCCUUGAAUUCAACUUCAGGAGGGUUCGCCUGCAUUUGACGAAGUAAGUCGGUAGGAAUAGUCGCGGUGAAGACCGAAAGAACGCAAAUUCCCUUUUCAAGCGACUUUCUCGUUGCCCUCGCGUCCGUGGAUCUUACUUACGAACCGUGUGUGGGUCCUUUAUCGUCCUACGCAUAAUUUAUUAUAUAAACAAAGGGUUUAGAGACGUGGCCUUCUUAUCCAAGAAGACUAGGAAAUCUAACCGUUUACAGAAGUCAUUAGAAAGGCAGCAACUUUCUCCUCAGCUGUUUAAAAACCUGAGUGUUGGUUCGGCUGAUGUUUGAACCGGCGGCCUCCCGCUUGGCAGACCGGCGCUUAUUAAUUGAUUUUCAUUAUAUUGGCAACUGUGAGGCUGAAAUUGGGUCGGUGUUGUCUCGAAUUCCACCAUAGAACUGUUCACGGGACGCGUUCUCUUCUUUUGUUGCAUAUUAGGAUGUUACUUACUGACUUACUGUAGAAAAAGUGGCUCAAAAUUCGUCCCCCAAAACAGCCCCACAGUGCAGUUCGACGCAAUUCUUACCCAGUCUUUCGCGUAAUCCCACAACGAUUAAUUUUCUUUUCAGUACAUAACCAUCUUAAGAGAGCUGGAAUUAAAAAUGAAGGCAGAUAUUUUAGAAAACAUGAAACGCAAAGGAACUGCUGCACAUAACUUGACGGAAUCCGACAUAGAUCUGGACCUUAAUUACCCAUCGGAUAUAGAAUCGAGGUACGUGAAAAGUAUAAACCCUUUAAGUUUAGUUAUGGUAAAAGCCAUUGAAAAGCCGUUUAAAAGUUAUUAGCAGAAGGCUUAAGAUAGAAUACCCUGGGAAGCACUGGAGGCCUCAGGAUAUAAUCUUUUUGUUUCCUUGUACGAUCUUUGAAAUAAUCUUUUUUCCGUUUUAGCACUGGUGGUUCAGACAGUUCCGUGUCGGACGGUCUUCCGAUGCAUCUAAUUUACGCUCCUGAGGGACUGAAAUUGGUAAGUAUUUAUCUCGGUAAUGUUGUUUUAAUUGCGUUUCGUAAUCUUAUUACUUUUGCAUGCCAAUCGCAAAAACACAGACGUUCAUUGCACCACUUAGAAUUCCGAACGUAUACAUAUAGCCGGUGCGUCGCCUUAAAAGCGCGCGAAAAUGCCGGCCAGAUGUCAUCUGGUUUUGUUGGUAAAGCGGUGCCAUUUUUUGCUAGCCAAUCACAAAAGUAACCUUUCACACCCAAAGAAAUGAUUACUUUUUUUCGCAUUAUCACUUUUGAAACAGUUUAAGCGAAGGAGGCCAUCUUAAUUAGUCUCUUAUUUUUUUUAGGAACCAAGGAAGAAAAAAUUAAAGACAAGAAAAGAACGUAACAAGCGACGUGCGAAAGCCAUGAAAGUCAAGGACGUGUUGUUAGCUGAUGUGGCCAAAAGAUCUGCUGUAAGUGUUGUUACAGUCAACUUCCUCUUAAAUAGGGAGCUCAAGCAACGACGACGGCGACAGCAACGAGAACGGCAAAAAAGCAAUAGGUUUAGAUUGGCAAAACAACACGUGCAUCAAGCUUUUUUGUACAUUUUUUUUGCCGUCGCUGCAGGACUACAAUGUGAAAGCGCCUACGAAGACAAAGACUUUCUCUUUCUUUUCCUGAACUUUGAUACAGUCCUUUAGAAUUCAACUCAAGAAAAACUUGCCAACAUUUGGCGAGUUAAACGAGUUGGAAUGAGCGCGAUAAAGUUUGAAGUAGGGCGAAUUCAAGGUAUUUCUUUUUUUUAAGUGACGUUUUCGUAGACGUUACCGUCGUUGUUGCUUAAGCUCCCUAAUGACACCUCUAUAAAACAGACACCUCGCUAAAGCGGAUACCUAGAAGUGGUCCCGGCUUACCUUCCUCAGUUACUCCUUGGCUGACUAUCUAAACGACGCCACAGACAUCUCUCUAAGACCGUCACAUAGUGCCGGUCCCGAAGGUGUCCGUCUUAGAAAAAGCUGCCUGUAUAUAUAUUGCUUAGCUUGUCGCAAGCUUUGAAUACAGAGACAAAAAAAUAAAUCACCGACGAGAAUGUAACACCCUACUUUGUGGUUGUUGACAUUUUCCCGCUGUACUUUUAACAAUGUUUAUUGAUUCUUUUUUGCCUUUUUUACAUAUAAAUGAAGGGGAAAAAGCAUCACGGAAUUACACGUAAUAUACACAUUUCAAAAGACAAAAAAUUCUCAAAAGGCGAGGAAGUCUCAAGAAGCCAUGAAGGCUUAUAGGUGAGACUUCCUCUUGACAUUAAUUGUUUAUACGUGACUUGUUCCUUGUUUCUAUUUUACCAGCAACACGAUCCACCUAAUGAAGUCAAGUUAAUGUAUCAAAGACAUCAUCCGAAGGUGAGCGUCUAAGUUGUGUUGAGAUAUCCAGAUGAAACCCCGUAAACUGAUAUCCAGACAAAACGGUUAUAAAAAUAGUCAACUUUAUAGAGGUAGAACGAUUACUGGUAACCCAGUUGUUUUAAUUGUAGAUCUCAAGUAAGAACAGAACAAAUAUUUGAAAAUAAACUUAUCAAGGUGAACAAUCCAAAUUGGCCGGAGGCAAACCAAUUAGCUAUUUUACAAGCGUGACCGAACAGUUGAAAUCCGGACUACCGAGAACAAAUCCGGCGCCUCCGGAUUGCAAUUCUAGUGCUCUAACUGCUCGGCCACGCUGCGUCCUCCAGUGAGAUAACGAGAUCCUCAAGAAAUUAAAAAUUAUAUAAUUAUAAAAUCUUGUCUUCGUAACGUUAUUAAAUCUCGAAAUUAGAGGUGACAGACUUCCUUCAGCUGUUCCUUGUCAGCAGUUGGUGAUUAACUAAUUUUGUGGUCAGUAUUUCAGCACAGCGAUCCUAUGGUGGACAGAGUCAUCGAAUGUAAACUUGUCUCCAAUUUUCUGUACUCGAAUUGGAAGCGAUUAUUCAGUUUACGCGUUGUCGCAGAAAGACGAAAGUUUGCCAAUUGCACUCAAUGGUAGAAAACCGAUUCAUUACUCUCCCCGGCGACCAACCGUUGACGGAGAAGUCUUGAGACCCUGAGUGUGAGAUUAUGCCGACACAGUACAGUGGAACCGCGUUAAUACGGUCACCAAUGGGCAAAAAAAACUUGGCCAUAUUAACGAGGUCUUUUUUUUAACGAGAAAAUGUAUGGCGGCUUUUGCCAGGCGGCCAAACAAAAAGUGACCGUAUUAACGAGGUGGCCGUAAGGCGGGGUUUCACUGUAGCUCAGUGGUUAGACCGUUUGAACUAGAACUCGGAGGGUCGUGAGUGCGAUUCUGACCCGGAGCUUUCUAGUGUUAGAAAUCUCCUUCUUCCAAAUUAAUCGAUUUCUUUUAAUCUUCUCCAGCGGUCUUCUCAACCCAGUCCAGCGCGGAUGAAGAUGGACAAUCCACAGGUUCGAAAGCAUGAACACAAGGAUUUAAACAGCAGAUCAUCCACGCCUGCCUCACAACCCAGCGUGUUGAGAAUGGAUGGAAAUUCUUGUAGGGUAGGUCAAUAAUGUAGUUCCAAGAACGCUCUUUACUAUGGAUGUCUGUCAAUUUCCAAGGUGAUUAUACUUUCCCCUCCUCCUCCAUUUAAAACCCGACGGACAUUUUUUUCUUUACCUUUUCUGUAAGUCACCUAAAAAUAGUGUUCCGCUUGUCCCACAAGGGGAACGGGCUAUCCCAGGAGCUGGCUAUCCAGAGGUAAUUUAUUUUAGUACGACCUUCCGAACGAUUGCGACGUACAAGUUUGCAUUCCGCCAGUUAUUUUCUUCUAUUGUCAACUUUUUUACCACGUGUUUAUUACAGUCAAGUGGAAAGAUUAGGGUGCAUCCGGCGUGGCGACGAAAUCAAUUUGCUUUGAACUCAUUUGACUUUGUUAUUAUUGCCAACUUCCGCCAAAGGGACCGAAGACACAGAUUUAUAGACAGAAACAGACAAAGAAUUUGAGAGGAGCAGGAAUGUAGGAUAGUAUGAAUGUCCCAUCAGUUGGCCAACACGUUGUCUCUCCGAUGUAGGGUGUGGGGAACCCUAGGUAAUCUGUAGCCUUCUCCAAAGAAGCGAUAAUAUGACGAUCAGAGUCUGUAAGGGUGAAACAUCUCAAAGAAAACUAACAAAGCAUUUGACUGUAUCAGCGCUUUUAAUAUUUUUACAGCAUGAUUACCUGGAAGCUGUGACCAGCGCGUACAUGAUGAGUGGAGUGCUAGUGACCGAGUCUAAAGGUAAAGAAGCCAUUUUUGUCGGCCAUCGUCAUUUUAUUAAAGCCACCCACCGCUAGCCUGUGUACAGCCGCCCCCACUCCUCGAAAAAAAAAAACGGGGAGAGGGUGGCUGUACACAGGCUAACCACCACCAAAGUUAGUUUGACCUUUAUCAGUUAGCGAGCUAUUUUCACUUGAAGUUUCCCAAUAGACGCGCGUCAAUUUGUUGGUACCUACGCAUUCAUUUAUAAGGGCACCUCUCUAUUUUGGACAGCUGUCGCGGUCCCAGAUAUACCAAGCUUCAUACAGCUCUUGACGUCAUAAUACGGACCGUGGCUCCGUCCCUUUUGCCAAUUGCGUCUGCAUUAACUAGGUUUGACUGUAUUCCAUUCACAAUCUCACUUAGUGUUUUCUUUUUUCUUCAGAUGUUCCACAUUUUCGCUACACGGAUGGUAAAACAUACUUAAAGGAAACGCUGUCUCCUGAACGAAAUGACAAGUAAGCAAUUUCAUCUUGUAAUAUGAGGAGUUAAUCAUCAAAGCAGGUUUAUUAUUCUACAUUUAUGAAGUGUUUGCCAUGGAACCUCAAAAAUUGCUUAAGCCACGUUCGGGUAAAGUGCUGCAAAGUUUGAUCGCGAGCAAGAUAAAUUUCUAUAGACGCAAGGAAAGUACUUAAUAGUUGAGUUUGUGUUGUUAAUGCUAUUCUUUUCACUGCUCCGAAUAAAAAUGGUAACUUUUAUUUUCACAUUUUACUUCCCAAGUUACGCUAUUUUUCUUACAAAAAAGGAAACCUAACAUUUUCGGAUUCAAAAAUGCGAUGGAGAGAGGAAUCAGAAAUGUCUCACUGUCGUAAUACGUCAAAUUGCAUCUAAAAUUUUUCGGGGAAUUAAAUAUUCAAGCCUUUGUGAUUUCGAAAAGGCUUUAGUUCUCCUAGGAUGACCGAACAGGUACAAAUUUUAUAGCGCCGCUCAGAAUGCAUUUCUAGAGAUCUAACAGUACUCUGGAUAGCCUAAAAGUGUUUUCAAUUUCUUUGGGAGGAAACCGUCGUUGGGUGCCCCUGCUGCUUAGCACCCGUUCCCGUAAAAGGAAAGCGUGAAAUCCGACGCAAGAGCAAAAAGGGAAGGGUAGGGUGGUUCAAGCAAACUAGUGCAGAAUAAAUUCACAGAAUAAGAGGCGAGUUACAUAGUCUGCUACACAGCCGUUUUAAGUGUCGUCACGCAACGCUCCUCCCCACAGGAUGCGUUGCGUGACGACACUAAAAACGGCUGUGUAGCAUACUACAAGUUACAAGAAGGGAGCAAAGACACCAUACCCAGAAUAGAGUACCGUUAGGAAAAUGCACUCGCCAACCAUGACCUCUUGUACCCUAUAUGUUGUUUUAUAAAACAUUGUAUGGAGCUUUGUGGUUUGUGCUUCAUGUAAAUCCUGUUUUGUUAGCAUAAGUGGUUGGUCUGUGGCCAGUCAUGUGCCUCACCCUCAAGGAUUUGAAAUUAGUGAAGAAGAGGGACAUUUCACAGUGUCUUACUUGGCGAAGCAGCUGGAAAAAACAACUGGUACGUGAAAUGAAAGAAAACGUUUUAACACAGUGAACGCGCGCGGUUUAAAUACGAUUAUAGCGAAAUAGUGUUUUUUCGUUUGUUUGUUUUUCCCUUUACAUCAUUGACUCUUUAACUGAAUGUGUGUACAGAAUUCAAUGUGUCUAUUUCAAGUAAACCUGAUUUGAACAAGUUUUUUUGCCUGGUUUCGUUAAAUCCCCUCCAAUCAUGUGUGUAAGCAUCGGUCCACUGUUUGACAGUUUCAUUAAAGCAAACGAAACCAAAUCUGAAUUGAGCAUUUUUGUGUUUCUUAUAGAAGUUUCAAACUUGAUAAUAAUAAAUAAUGAUAAUUUGCGUCAUUCAUGGUCAUUAGUUUUCCUUAACAAUGGCCGUUUUUAUACUAAGGACGCAUUAUCCAUGUGGACGAACUUGGGUAAACGUUUUGUAGUUCGUCUCGAUAUGCGUCUAAAGUAUAAAGACGGGCACAAGACGCAUGUUUCCAGACGAGCUACCUUUCUUAGUGCGUCGUUCAAGACGUAUUACAAAGGAUAUUUCGUCCAGACGUAUAAUGCGUCUUGUGCCCGUUUUUAUACUUGGGAUGCAUAACCAGACGAACUACAAAAUGUUUGCCCAAUUUCGUACAGACGGAUAAUGCGACUGUAGUAUAAAGAAGGCCAUAGACGCAUUAUCCGUGCGUGUGGACGGAUAACGCGUCCUCUAGUAUAAAAGCGGCCAAUGUGUUAGCAUUAUUAGGUCUGAUGUCUUUGAUUUAUGGUGAAAGCAUAAACCGUAGUAACGUAUUUCUCUUAAUUUACUCAUUUUAUUUACAUCGAAAGUAGUUACAGACGGCUAUUGUUGCAAGCGUCGUGUGUGUGGAGUCCAGUGUCACAAUAAGCCCCUCAACUGUGUGCGCGGCAAGCGGUCGGGGGGAUUGGGGACUGAAAUGGGCUUGUGACAAGGCGGAAGGAACGCGAAUUAACCUCUUUCCCCUUCGCUUUCGACAGAUUAACCAUCUUCUUAAUGCGUGGACGUCAAAGUCAAGAUACACGACAACCGGAGGAAGGGAACUUAUUUCUGCGAUUUUGUUUUGUAGAAUGCACCUCUCCAGUACCGCGACUGAGUCGGAACGAAAACAGAAUCAGUUCAGCCUUGGAUCUGGCGCGAAAAAUCACUAUGUACAACUCGCGCUACAAGACAGCCGGUAUAAUAGCACAGGAGACUGAGUUUCAGCCAUCGCCAUCACUCAGACCCAGGACUCCCGUUCAACCUUAUCCUUUCUUUCCAUGGCAACCGAAGGGAGACUGCUUGUCCAGCACCAAGGUAUAAGUUAAAAAAAUUCAAGGCAACUCACGUCAUUUCGAAAAGUAAAGUACACAAUGCAUUUUUGCGCCAUGCACAGUUCCAAAGUAUUACCUUGUUUCCGACUUGAUGUGACCACACAAAUGAAGGCCAGUAUAAACAGUACUUUCCUGUGCGUAUGUUUAUUAUACUCUUCAAGAUGACUCCAACGUUUGAAUGUGUAGAUGAAAUCGUAAAUUGUGACCACUCAAAUGAAAGCAACAGAGAAGUGCUUUCCUUUGGAGUCCUAAAGUGUGAGGAUACUAAGUAGUACGUUCCUAUGGUAAUGUUUGUAAGCGGAGCACCAUAGGUGAGAAAAUUUGGUUAUUCAUGCAUCGGAGAAAUUUUGGUAGUCGCGUGACCGUACGUGCUCCGUCCUCACCACGGGAUAACCAAUGUGAAAUGACCUUUUUUAAUUUGAGUGGAAUCUUCGACCCGUGCGGUUUUAAUAACUUGAUGACAGACGUCUGUGUUACGGUCAUCUUGGCCAACCGGACUGUUAGAGAGCUAAAAAAACAACAACGAAGCUGAGUCUAUUUUUCGACUAAAUUUUAAUGUCUAUGCUGACGUGGAUAACAGAGAAAGAGCUAGAGCGAGAGAUAAAAAACAAAAGAGGCAAAUUUAGAAUCACAACGUGAAAUUUUUAAAAGCGGUGUUGCCAGAAGAAAAAUGAGAAAAUAAAUGUUAGAGGCCAGUAAGGUUAAAAUGAGCGGCAGUGAAAAAGAAAGUGAACAGAAACACAAACAGUAAUUUUUUUGGGGGGGAGAACAUACGAUGUUUUCUCCGUGAAAGAUGUAACUAGAAAGUUUCACGUUGUAGUUGUGCAACAACAGCGGCAAAGAAAUGUACAAAAAGUGUGCUGCACGUGCAAAGUUGUUUUUUGCUAAUUAAACCUAGUGUUGUGGUAGUUGUUUUGUCGUUGUUGUUGUUGGUUUUUCUUUGCCGUUCUCAAUGCCGUCGCCGUUUAGCAUUACACGUUUUUAUUUUUGCUUGAGUAAAUUAUACGUUUUGUAACGAGGGCUUCGCUUUUAGCCCCGGCUAAAUUUAUAUAUUAUGCUCUAUAAGGUGGUUCUAGCCAGGGGGGGGCUGGCAGCGAGGUCUGGAACCGAGUUUACAUGAUCGCCCCAGUUAAGAAAUUUGGCCGAGUGAGACUGAGUACCAAUUUUCCGGUAAUAAAUCCGUGUUCUCCUACACGAAUACAAAAAAUCCAACUAAAGUAUCUUCAUGUAACAUGUAACUAUGUGUCACUCAACAUAACUAUGCAUCACUACCCAUCACCACCUAUCACUGUCCAUCACUACACAUCACUUUAUAUCACCACAUAUCACUACACAUCACUACAUAUUACUACAGAUCACUAUCCAUCACUACACAUCACUACCCAUCACUACACAUCACUAUCUAUCACUAUCCAUCACUACCCAUCACUACACAUCACUACACAUCACGACCCAUCACAACACAUCACUACACAUCACUACCCAUCACUAUCCAUCACUACACAUCACUGUCCAUCACUAUCCAUCACUACCCAUCACUACACAUCACUACACAUCACUACCCAUCACUACACAUCACUACACAUCACUAUCCAUCACUACACAUCACUGUCCAUCACUACCCAUCACUACACAUCACUGUCCAUCACUAUCCAUCACUAAAUAUCACUGUCCAUCACUACCCAUCACUAUCCAUCACUAAACAUCACUGUCCAUCACUACCCAUCACUACACAUCACUGCACAUCACUACCCAUCACUGUCCAUCACUACACAUCACUGUCCAUCACUACCCAUCACUAUCCAUCACUACACAUCACUGUCCAUCACUACACAUCACUGUCCAUCACUAUCCAUAACUAUCCAUCACUACACAUCACUGUCCAUCACUACCCAUCACUAUCCAUCACUACACAUCACUGUCCACCACUAUACAUCACUGUCCAUCACUAUCCAUCACUACACAUCACUGUCCAUCACUACCCAUCACUAUCCAUCGCUACACAUCACUGUCCAUCACUACACAUCACUGUCCAUCAUUAUCCAUCACUACACAUCACUGUCCAUCACUAUCCAUAACUAUCCAUCACUACACAUCACUGUCCAUCACUACCCAUCACUAUCCAUCACUACACAUCACUGUCCAUCACUACACAUCACUACACAUCACUGUCCAUCACUACCCAUCACUACCCAUCAAUAAAGAUCACUACACAUCACUAGCCAUCACUACCCAUCACUACCCAUCACUACCCAUCACUAAACAUCACUACACAUCACUAUCCAUCACUACCCAUCACUACACAUCACUACCUAUCACUGUCCAUCACUACCCAUCACUAUCCAUCACUACACAUCACUGUCCAUCACUACACAUCACUGUCCAUUACUACAAGUCAUUAUCCAUCACUACACAUCACUGUCCAUAACUACACAUCACUACACAUCACUAUCCAUCACUACCCAUCACUACACAUCACUACCCAUCACUGUCCAUCACUACCCAUCACUACCCAUCACUACACAUCACUGUCCAUCACUACACAUCACUAUCCAUCACUAUCCAUCACUACACAUCACUGUCCAUCACUACCCGUCACUAUCCAUCACUACACAUCACUGUCCAUCACUACACAUCACUGUCCAUCACUUCACAUCGUCAUCCGUCACUACACAUCACUGUCCAUCACUACACACCACUAUCCAUCACUAUACAUCACUGUCCAUUACUACAAGUCAUUAUCCAUCACUACACAUCACUGUCCAUAACUACACAUCACUACACAUCACUACACAUCACUAUCCAUCACUACCCAUCACUACACAUCACUAUCCAUCACUAUCCAUCACUACACAUCACUGUCCAUCACUACCCAUCACUACGCAUCACUGUCCAUCAAUACACAUCACUACACAUCACUAUCCAGCACUAUCCAUCACUACCCAUCACUAUCCAUCACUACACAUCACUAUCCAUCACUACACAUCACUGUCCAUCACUAAACAUCACUAUCUGUCAGUACACAUCACUGUCCACAACUACACAUCACUAUCCAUCACUACACAUCAUUAUCCAUCACUACACAUCACUGUCCAUCACCACCCAUCACUACACAUCACUAUCCAUCACUAUCCAUCACUAUCCAUCACUACACAUCACUGUCCAUCACUACACAUCACUAUCCAUCACUACACAUCACUAUCCAUCACUAUACAUCACUAUCCAUCACUAUACAUCACUGUCCAUUACUACAAGUCAUUAUCCAUCACUACACAUCACUGUCCAUCACUACACAUCACUAUCCAUCACUAUACAUCACUACCCAUCACUACCCAUCACUACACAUCACUGUCCAUCACUAUCCAUCACUACCCAUUACUACACAUCACUACACAUCACUCCACAUCACUACACAUUACUAUCCAUCACUAUCCAUCACUACCCAUCACUACACAUCACUACACAUCACUACCCAUCACUAUCCAUCACUACACAUCACUGUCCAUCACUACCCAUCACUAUCCAUCACUAUCCAUCACUACACAUCACUGUCCAUCACUACACACCACUGUCCAUCACUAUACAGCACUACCCAUCACUUCACAUCACUGUCCAUCACUAUCCAUCACUAUCCAUCACUACACAUCACUAAACAUCACUGUCCGUCACUACCACAUCACUAUUCUUUUCAUAGCUUGAGGAAGGCUAAAAAUUGGUAGAUGACCGUUCCUUUCAUGUACAUUGAAAACUAGUUUAUUGUUUAAAUAAAUCACUAGAGCAGCGAGUUAGGAACAUGCUUUGAUGCCGCACAAACGUUUAUGAGGAGUAAACUAAUCAGCCAAGAACCUACCCAAACCUGUUGUAGUUUUUCUUCGUCUUGCCAGUUUCUGAAGUACAAGUUGAAGGCGCUGCUAUAAAUGAAAGCCAUGUGAAUGCAAACGAUUAACGGCUUUGAUUGCUCAAAGGCAUUUACGCUUUCUUAGAUCGGUUAUCCUUCCACCUGUGAUAAAAAGUUGUACGCCGUUCUUAUUGACUGUAUAAGCUCUUCUCAUGCCUAAUUUCACGUUAUGGAGGACGUUGAUAAGCUACGACGAAAUUUCUUUCUCUUUCUACACUUGAGUGCGGUCGCCAAGAAAUGAACUCUAGGGAAAUUAACCUACAGUAGACAUUUUCAGCGAUUUGUGAUAAUAGCGACAAAGUCUGAAAAAGUGCUAAUUCAUUUUAAAGGUGACCUUUUCGUUGCCGUCGCCAUCUUCACGGUGUAGUCGUGCAAGGACGGUAAAGAAAUGUAUAUAAAUGAGUGACGUACGUGCAAAGUUGAUGUCUUGCGUAAUAAAAUUAAACCCGUAUUGCUUCCUCGUUGCUGUUACCGUCGUCGUUGCUGUGAGCUUUAGCAACGACGACUACGACGGCAACCAGGACGUCAAAAAAGCAAUAGGUUUAUUACGCAAAACAACAACUUUGCACGUGCAUCACGCUUUUUUGUACAUUUCUUUACCGUCCUUGCACGACUACGACGUGAAAAUGCCUAAUUACAAGUUUUAUGGAGGACGUAAACAAGCGACGACGAAUCUCUUUUUCUCUCUCUAAACUUGAGUGCGGUCCUCAAGAAAUCAACUCCAGGGAAAUUCGCCUACACUUGCCAUUUUCAGCAAAUUAGAAUAAACGCGAGAAAGAUUGAAAAAAUGGGAAUUCAUUUUAAAACUGACGUUUUCGCUGCCGUUGCCGUCGUCGAUGCUAAAGCUCCCUGUGCGGCGCGAACCGAACCUCGGUUUUGGCAUACCCCUAAUAACCCAAUAUCACAAUGAAUAAUAAUCAAUAAAACUUCUUAUUUCAAAGUAUAAGGCACAUAAGCACAUGACUUUUGUUGUUGCUAUUUUUGUUUAUUUAUUUGCCAAUACGGUAUCAUCAGUCAAGUUAUGUAAUGCAGUUACAGCAUGUUGAAACUGCCAGGACCUCAGUCCUGUAAUAUUAUUACAGCUUUAAACUAUAGUGGUCGUUUUUUAAGCAAAAAGAGCAUGUUUAUUUGGAAGCACUUUUUAACAUUUUCUUCUUUUCGUAAACACUUUUGUCUUUAUUGUUUAGUGACUAGUUACAGAAACAUUGCUUAAUAUUGAAGCAAAAAUACAAAGGGCACUUUAAAGGAAAAGUGGCAUGGUCACUCUGGAUAACAAAUCUGAGAAUGGCUUAUUCUUUCUUGAAAAAAAAAAAGGGGAUCAUUGCGAGCAAAAACUUGCAAGAGGUGAAAGGCCGCACAUCUUCACCGGCGUGAAACCUUUGAAAACCUUUUACAUAUUGCUCCAUUGCCGGAGACCUCUUUCAGGGAUCUUACAGUUUAAAAUUUGAACCAUGAUAUAGCUUAUAUAUAGCGGACCAAGAUACAGCUCGGUACAGUUUAUGUUCAGCGAGGGAAAAUUGUGUAAGUUGAGCAGAACGUUUAAAAUGUACAACAGACAAUUUGUUCAGUUCGCGCGUACUCCUGUUGAGUUUGUGGCCCGUUUAUGAGAUUUGUCUGCUCAAAAAUAUAAUAAUUAUUCCAUAGCUGCUGUAAAUGCGCCGUGCUUGGCUGCACUUUUUGGCUCCGCUAAUUUUAUUGGAAAUUUGUUUUUAUUUUUAAGUCUUAUGGAGUUUUAUCAGUUUCGAAAUCUUUGCAAGGAUGUUAGGCGCAUGUGGCCCUGUUUUAGAGGGAUAAGAGCCGGCCGCCGAGUGAGGGAAAGAGCAAACAGAUGUCGCUAUCCCAUCGAAACGCAGCUAACCAACCGUAUCAACCAUUCACGAAGCUCCCGGCGACACCGAAACAUGGCUAAUUGUAUAACAUUUCUCCAUCACAACAAAACCAACAAGGAGCGAGGAAAGUCUAAGUUCCGUCUGUCUUAUUGUCGAACGUAAUGUCUUUGGCCCCCAAAGUGGAUGAAGUCUCUGAUGUUAUUACAAAUGCAAACUUGGACAUUGCCUGCAUAACAGAGACCUGGUUGCGCGACCACAUUCACGACAAUGUCGUCUGUAUUCCUGGGUAUAACCUAGUGAGAAGAGACAGGAUAGACGUUACACACGGAGGCGUUUGUACCUACAUCAAGAAAGGGCUGAAGUAUACCGUUUUAGAAGAUCUACAUGAUGAUAAAAUUGAAGCAAUUUGGCUUCAAUUACGACCUUCGCGCCUCCUUAGGGGAUUAUCUUGUAUAAUCAUUGCCAAUUUUUACCAUCCACAGACAGGCGUUUCUGACUCUGAGAUCUUGCUCUAUCUCUACGACUCAAUGUCUACAAUUGAAUCGCGUUUUUCAAAUUGUGGAGUUUUGAUCAUGGGGGAUUUUAACAGACUCGAUACCUCGAGUUUUAGGAACGCUUUUAAGCUGGACCAAAUUGUCAAAUUCCAUACUCGAGGAAAUCAGACUCUGGAUCUCGUCUUGACCAACAUCAAAGAAUUCUAUGAGGAGCCAAUAAAACGCCCAGCUUGUGGUCUGUCAGAUCACGCAUCUGUUGAACUCCAGCCCUUGUCUCGCUGUAAAUCUCAACCACUAAAACGAUCCAUCAUUACAAGAGACCAGCGGGAAAGUUACAGGGUCGCUCUGAGUUCAUACUUGGAAAAAGUCAACAUCGCCGACCUUGUUAAGAACAAAGAUACAUGUGAUGAGAAAGUACAGUUAAUGGAAGAAGCUAUCAUUUCCGGAAUGGACGCAAUCAUGCCCUUGAAAGAAAAGUCGAUAUCAGUGAACGAGGCGCCAUGGAUGAAUAACUCUCUUAAACGCGUAAGAGAUAAGUCUCUCAAGGUCUGUAGAUCCUUUCGAAGCAGUUACUAUUAACAACAAACCAAUUGAGGUUGUAACUAGCGCAAAACUUCUUGGUCUCACAAUUUCAAACAAUCUAAAGUGGAACGCUCACAUAGAGAAUGUUAUCAAAAAAGGAGCCUCUAGGCUAUAUCUAUUAAGGCAGCUUAAGCGUGCAAAAGGAGAUCCUGCGCAGCUACUUUGUUUCUAUACUACGUGUAUCCGGCCCAUGUCUGAAUAUGCCUGCCAAGUUUUCCACAAUGGUCUGCCUGAAUAUCUCUCUGAAGAGCUAGAGAAAAUUCAGCGCCGUGCACUUAGAAUUAUUUCCCCAGAUUUAGGCUAUCAAGAGGCUCUCAAAGAGUGCAAUAUUACCACCCUCCAUCAACGGCGCCAAUGGCUGACAGAGCGCCUAUUCAAUGAGAUUAAGGACAACAGCGUCCACAAAUUACAUGGCCUUUUGCCGCCACGUAAUCUUAGUACUGUAGCCUUAAGAAGAAAGCGCGCUUUUAACGUGCCUCUUUGUAGAACAAAUAGACUAAUGAAUAGUUUUAUCAUGCAUAACGCGGCUAUUUUCUAAUGGUUUUAUUGUAAAUUCGCGGCUAUUUUCUUAAAUUUCAUGACGUAGUAUCUUUGUUCCUUUGUUCUAUUUAUUUACUGUUAUUGAUUUAUAAUAGUUAGUCUUAGUAUUCAACGUAUUGUACAGUCCGUAAUCCAGCCCUUGGGCUGCAAUGGAUUUUUAAUAAAGCUAUCUAUCUCUAUCUAUCUAUCUAUCUUAGGGUAUCUGCAUUUUAAACGUUCUGCUCGACUUACACAACUUUCCCUUGCUGAACAUAAACUGUACCGAGCUGUAUCUUGGUCCGCUAUAUAUAAGCUAUAUCUUGGUUCAAAUUUUAAACUGUAAGAUACCUGAAAGAUCAGAGUUCUCCUCAAUGGAGCAAUAUGUAAAAGGUUUUCAAAGGUUUCACGCCGGUGAAGAUGUGCGGCCUUUCACCUCUCGCAAGUAUUUGCAGUGAAUUACAGUGAUGGGUAGUGAUGUAUAGUGAUGGGUAGUGAUGGGUAGUGAUGGACAGUGAUGCACAGUGAUGGUUAGUGAUGUGCAGUGAUGGAUAGUGAUGUGUAGUGAUGUGUAGUGCUGAAUAGUGAGGGAUAGUGAUGGACAGUGAUGGACAGUAAUGUGUAGUGAUGGAUAGUGAUGUGUAGUGAUGGAUAGUGAUGUGUAGUGAUGGACAGUGAUGUGUAGUAAUGGACAGUGAUGUGCAGUGAUGGAUAGUGAUGUGUAGUAAUGGACAGUAAUGUGAAGUGAUGGAUAGUGAUGUGUAGUGAUGGACAGUGAUGUGUAGUGAUGGAUAGUAACGUGUAGUGAUGGACAGUGAUGGACAGUGAUGUGUAAUGAUGGAUAGUGAUGUGUAAUGAUGGAUAGUGAUGUGUAGUGAUGGAUAGUGAUGUGUAGUGAUGGACAGUGAUGUGUAGUGAUGGAUAGUAACGUGUAGUGAUGGACAGUGAUGGACAAUGAUGUGUAAUGAUGGAUAGUGAUGUGUAAUGAUGGAUAGUGAUGUGUAGUGAUGGACAGUGAUGUGUAGUAAUGGACAGUGAUGUGUAGUGAUGGAUGGUGAUGUAUAGUGAUGGACAGUGAUAUAUAGUGAUGUGUAUUAAUGGACAGUAAUGUGAAGUGAUGGAUAGUUAUGUGUAGUGAUGGACAGUGAUGUAUAGUAAUGGACAGUGAUGUAUAGUGCUGGAUGGUGAUGUAUAGUGAUGGACAGUGAUGUAUAGUGAUGUGCAUUAAUGGACUGUAAGGUGAAGUGAUGGAUAGUGAUGUGUAGUGAUGGACAGUGAUGUGUAGUAAUGGACAGUGAUGUGUAGUGAUGGAUGAUGGUGUAUAGUGAUGGACAGUGAUGUAUAGUGAUGUGUAGUGAUGGACAGUGAUGUGUAGUGAUGGAUAGUGAUGUGUAGUGAUGGACAGUGAUGUGUAGUAAUGGACAGUGAUGUGCAGUGAUGGAUAGUGAUGUGUAGUAAUGGACAGUAAUGUGAAGUGAUGGAUAGUGAUGUGUAGUGAUGGACAGUGAUGUGUAGUGAUGGAUGGUGAUGUAUAGUGAUGGACAGUGAUGUAUAGUGAUGUGUAUUAAUGGACAGUAAUGUGAAGUGAUGGAUAGUGAUGUGUAGUGAUGGACAGUGAUGUGUAGUAAUGGACAGUGAUGUAUAGUGCUGGAUGGUGAUGUAUAGUGAUGGACAGUGAUGUAUAGUGAUGUGUAUUAAUGGACUGUAAGGUGAAGUGAUGGAUAGUGAUGUGUAGUGAUGGACAGUGAUGUGUAGUGAUGGAUGAUGAUGUAUAGUGAUGGACAGUGAUGUAUAGUGAUGUGUAGUGAUGGACAGUGAUGUGUAGUGAUGGAUAGUGAUGUGUAGUGAUGGACAGUGAUGUGUAGUAAUGGACAGUGAUGUGCAGUGAUGGAUAGUGAUGUGUAGUAAUGGACAGUAAUGUGAAGUGAUGGAUAGUGAUGUGUAGUGAUGGACAGUGAUGUGUAGUGAUGGAUGGUGAUGUAUAGUGAUGGACAGUGAUGUAUAGUGAUGUGUAUUAAUGGACAGUAAUGUGAAGUGAUUGAUAGUGAUGUGUAGUGAUGGACAGUGAUGUGUAAUAAUGGACAGUGAUGUGUAGUGAUGGAUGGUGAUGUAUAGUGAUGGACAGUGAUGUAUAGUGAUGUGUAUUAAUGGACAGUAAUGUGAAGUGAUGGAUAUUGAUGUGUAGUGAUGGACAGUGAUGUGUAAUAAGGGACAGUGAUGUGUAGUGAUGGAUGGUGAUGUAUAGUGAUGGACAGUGAUGUAUAGUGAUGUGUAGUGAUGGACAGUGAUGUGUAGUGAUGGAUAGUGAUGUGUAGUGAUGGACAGUGAUGUGUAGUAACGGACAGUGAUGUGCAGUGAUGGAUAGUGAUGUGUAGUAAUGGACAGUAAUGUGAAGUGAUGGAUAGUGAUGUGUAGUGAUGGACAGUGAUGUGUAGUGAUGGAUAGUGAUGUGUAGUGAUGGACAGUGAUGUGUAGUAAUGGACAGUGAUGUGCAGUGAUGGAUAGUGAAGUGUAGUAAUGGACAGUAAUGUGAAAUGAUGGAUAGUGAUGUGUAGUGAUGGACAGUGAUGUGUAGUGAUGGAUAGUAACGUGUAGUGAUGGACAGUGGUGGACAGUGAUGUGUAAUGAUGGAUAGUGAUGUGUAAUGAUGGAUAGUGAUGUGUAGUGAUGGACAGUGAUGUAUUAAUGGACAGUGAUCUGUAGUGAUGGAUAGUGAUGUAUAGUGAUGGAUAGUGAUAUGUAGUGAUGGACAGUGAUGUGUAGUGAUGGACAGUGAUGUGUAGCGAUGGAUAGUAAUGUGUAGUGAUGGACAGUAAUGUCUAGUGAUGGAUAGUGAUGUGUAAUGAUGGAUAGUGAUGUGCAGUGAUGGAUAGUGAUGUAUAGUGAUGGACAGUGAUGGACAGUGAUGUGUAAUGAUGGACAGUGAUGUGUAGUGAUGGAUAGUGAUGGGUAGUGAUGUGUAGUGAUGGGUAGUUAUGGAUAGUGAUGUGUAGUAAUGGACAGUAAUGUGAAGUGAUGGAUAGUGAUGUGUAGUGAUGGACAGUGAUGUGUAGUGAUGGAUAGUAACGUGUAGUGAUGGACAGUGAUGGACAGUGAUGUGUAAUGAUGGAUAGUGAUGUGUAAUGAUGGAUAGUGAUGUGUAGUGAUGGACAGUGAUGUGUAGUGAUGGAUAGUGAUGUGUAGUGAUGGACAGUGAUGUGUAGUGAUGGACAGUGAUGUGCAGUGAUGGAUAGUGAUGUGUAGUAAUGGACAGUAAUGUGAAGUGAUGGAUAGUGAUGUGUAGUGAUGGACAGUGAUGUGUAGUGAUGGAUAGUAACGUUUAGCGAUGGACAGUGAUGGACAGUGAUGUGUAAUGAUGGAUAGUGAUGUGUAGUGAUGGACAGUGAUGUGUAGUAAUGGACAGUGAUCUGUAGUGAUGGAUAGUGAUGUAUAGUGAUAGAUAGUGAUAUGUAGUGAUGGACAGUGAUGUGUAGUGAUGGACAGUGAUGUGUAGCGAUGGAUAGUAAUGUGUAGUGAUGGACAGUAAUGUCUAGUGAUGGAUAGUGAUGUGUAAUGAUGGAUAGUGAUGUGCAGUGAUGGAUAGUGAUGCAUAGUGAUGGACAGUGAUGGACAGUGAUGUGUAAUGUUGGACAGUGAUGUGUAGUGAUGGAUAGUGAUGGGUAGUGAUGUGUAGUGAUGGGUAGUUAUGGAUAGUGAUGUGUAGUAAUGGACAGUAAUGUGAAGUGAUGGAUAGUGAUGUGUAGUGAUGGACAGUGAUGUGUAGUGAUGGAUAGUAACGUUUAGCGAUGGACAGUGAUGGACAGUGAUGUGUAAUGAUGGAUAGUGAUGUGUAGUGAUGGACAGUGAUGUGUAGUAAUGGACAGUGAUCUGUAGUGAUGGAUAGUGAUGGAUAGUGAUGUAUAGUGAUAGAUAGUGAUAUGUAGUGAUGGACAGUGAUGUGUAGUGAUGGACAGUGAUGUGUAGCGAUGGAUAGUAAUGUGUAGUGAUGGACAGUAAUGUCUAGUGAUGGAUAGUGAUGUGUAAUGAUGGAUAGUGAUGUGCAGUGAUGGAUAGUGAUGCAUAGUGAUGGACAGUGAUGGACAGUGAUGUGUAAUGUUGGACAGUGAUGUGUAGUGAUGGAUAGUGAUGGGUAGUGAUGUGUAGUGAUGGGUAGUUAUGGAUAGUGAUGUGUAAUGAUGGAUAGUGAUGGGUAGUGAUGUAUAGUGAUGUGUAGUGAUGGACAGUGAUGUGUACUGAUGGGUGGUGAUGUGUAGUGAUGGAUAGUGAUGGGUAGUGAUGGACAGUGAUGGAUAGUGAUGGAUAGUGAUGUGUAGUGAUGGAUAGUGAUGUGUAAUGAUGGGUAGUGAUGUGUAGUGAUGGGUUGUGAUGGGUAGUGAUCUUUAGUAAUAUGUAGUGAUGUGUAGUGAUAUGUAGUGAUGUUUAGUGAUGGACAGUGAUAGGUGGUGAUGGGUAGUGAUGCAUAGUUAUGUUGAGUGACACAUAGUUACAUGUUACAUGAAGAUAUUUUAAGCGGAUUUUUUAUAUUAGUGUAGGAGAACAGGGAUUUAUUACCAAUUUUCCUUCAAAACAAAUAUGGCGGAGUAUGCGGACAUGGAAAGAUGAUGAGUUUUCGCUCGGUUUUACGUUUUACGGCGUCCAAACAUCGAGAAAAGGUUUUCAUGAACUUUUCUCAUGAAAUUUUUGGACAUCAGGAGGCGUGAUGUAUGAACAGUUCAUGAGUGACUUCGCUCAUCGUGAUUCGGCACCUUGGCAAGUUCAGUUAUUUAUAAGCUUCGUGAAUUUUCCAGCGACAAGCCUCAGGGCAGCCUGCUCCAUCUCUUAUAUAUUUUUUCACGUACGGUGGUAUUAAGAACUCUGUGCCUUAUCCUAAACAUAUGCUUCGAGCUCAUUAUAUUAGUGUGAGUCUUGCAACAGUUAUAUGGGAAUGUUCAUUAAACCAAUUUUGUACUUCGCUGUUCGUAAGUUUGUUUGUACACCGGGAGCCACAACAAAUAUUUGUGGGUGUAAAUACAGAAUACAGGGCUAAUUUAGUAAAAGCCAGGUGAAAUCUUCCAAUCACUUUGCUUCACAUAUACUGGGUCUGUCAGUAUAAGCUAUUUUUAAUAUCAAAAGGCUGCAGGGAAGGGCUUAUUGAAUCUUCAAAACCUUCACUGGAAUAUCGUUUGAGUGAUAAUCAAUAAAUAGCUCCAACAGCAGUACUGUAUUUAGCAGUUUUAUAUUAGAUAGUGACUUCGGUUUUGAGUAAUUCCUUGAAAUCGUUUGUACAAAAAUUACCCCAUAGUUUUGAAUUAUACUUGAAUCUGGGUGUGGGGACAAGAGGUUAAUCCAGUUGCUAAUAAGAGUGAGUAUAUCAGAGAGGGAUAUUUUUUUUUUUUAUUUUUUUUUUUUUUUUUUUAUUAACAGAGAUCUUUAUUACCACUACAUCACUUACAACACUUUCACUACAAAAUUUAAGGUUACAAAAAUUACAAUUAAGAAUUAAGAUUCCAACGAUUAAUACAACAUACACUGCAACCAGGCUUGCUUCACGCAUACGUAGAUUAGAUUAUAAUCAUUUACAGUAAGGAGAGGAGAGGCUUCCAUUGUGAAAGAAAUUUUGCUUUUUGUCCUUUUGAAUAAAAAUCGAUCUUUGCACAAUUAACUUGUCUUUAACGAAUUCAAGAAAGUGAUCAAAGCUUGGGGGUUUAAUUUCGCUCCUUUGCAGGAAGAUAUGUCUCUUGCCAAGAAGGAUAUAAUAGUUAAGGAUUUGCCUUUUAGGAUCUUUGGGAUUAUAGCCAUACAUUAUACUUAAGUCAUCAAAUAGCAAACAUUCACCACUGUGAGUUUUCCACCAGCUAAUUACUUCAAACCAAAACUUUUGAAUUACUAUACAGUUAACUAGCAUAUGGGAGAGCGUUUCUAGGGAAUCACAAUGUAUGCAGAGAGGAGAGUUUACGAUUUUCAUUCUGUGUAACAGAACCCCAUGUGGAAGAAUAUUAUGAACAAUCUUAUAUUGAAAUAUGCUUAAUUUUGUUUCUUUAGUUAUUUUAAAUGGAAGCAUAUAAAUAGAACUAAGUUUGGAACUGUCCAAUCCUUGCCUGCAUAGUCGAAGGCUAGCCAACGGUUCUACAAAUUUCCUUUGAAUAAGUAUAUUGCGAACCUUCUUGCUAGUAACCACGUUAAUUUCCUUAGUUGUAUUUUGUUCCAUAUCUUGAAUGUUCAUGAUAAAUCCCGGUCUCAAAGCGCACUUCCAUCUAUAAGGUAUAGCUGAUAUUAAACCAAAAAACUUAGUAAAAGGCGCCUUGAGGCCAGUUUUUGAAAGAAAAUUAUUAAGUGUGAGGAAUCUGUUUUUUUCAUCUAGUAGGUCUUUAAUUCUAAGUAUAUCAGAGAGGGAUAUGCUCAGUAUACAUUGAGAAAAUCCCUCCAAGGACUGAAGUACAAGAAACAGAAAAAAGAAAAUUGAAUGUUUUACAAAGUUUAUAAAGAGAAUCAGAAGGACCUUGAAAAAUGUACAACUUCAAUUGUUUGUGUAAGUUAUGAAUCUGAUUUACAAGUACAAUAAACAAGGUAAAAUUGACUUUUUAUCAACCAUCAAAAGAAGUUAUUGUCCCUUGAGCUCAAUCGCCUCAGCAGUUCUUUCUACAUACUACCCUUGGGUUAUUUGGCCUAGAUGGGUAUGUGCUGCUGAUUUAGGGUGGUGACCAUUUCACCCUUUUGAGUUUUGAACAGGGUGUCUGUUUGGGCUGUGAAGGUUGAUGAAGAGCAGUCUGUAGUUACAUUUUUGGUACCACCAAUUUUUUCCCCAAGUUUUUCGAUCUUUCUAAGUUUAAAAGCUAACUUAAUUCUGUAUGCUAACUGAAGUGAAUCAGGGUUAUAAAAUCAGGUCUCUUGGCAUAAAAAGGGUGGGGGAAAUGAACAAUGUGUCCUACUACCCAUUCUCUCUUUUAGUGCAAGCCCAGGGAGGUGAUCUCACAUUUUAAUACCCUUUUACCACUUGUUUUAACAGCAAAGUCAGUGAAGGUCUAUGGUCUCUGAAAAAUGUUUUUCCCUGCCUCAACACAAGUUUCUAACUGUUAUUGUUGACUACAAAAUUAAUAAUAUUAUCUUAAUAAUCAUUUUACAUUUUUUCCAAGACAUCCUUUGGUGUUUUGCAUAUCCACUGGUACAAGGUAAUUUUUAAGUUGAGAGGGUUUGAUUUCAUUAAGUACAUUUUUAUACAGACACAAACUAACCUGGCAGGUUGAUGUCCAAAAGUGUAAAAAAUUACAUGCAACUGUAUGGCAAAAACUGAUCACCGUGGCCAAAGGAAAGGCAAAAAUAGAAAUGUCAUCAUUUUCCUGACUUUAUACAUUCCCUUGGAAGCAUAUUUAGCCAGAUGUAGUCCUUGUCAAAACAUGCAAACUUGAAGAUUUAUUUUCUGAACUUAGCUAAUCUUUUUUAAACCAUAAUCUUGUUCCAAGGGGUGGUGUAGUUUGUAAAAUUUAUAAUUUUUCCCUCUUUUUUUGCAACAAAACACACUUGAAUUAGGUCUCAAACUGAAGGCAGUGUAGUAACUGCUGUCAUGAAAAGAGAAUUCCAAACACACAAGAUAAUUACCCUUUCAUCUACCUAAGAUUCAUUUGUUAGAAACUACCCGCCACGGUAAAGUUUAAAUUAAAUCGCACGAAGAAAAGAACUUAAGCAUAUCAACAUGUGCAAAAUCAAGAGAGAAUGAUCUCUUGGCAAAAUUUAUUUAGCUUCUCGUACAUAAAGAAAUACAUGAACUACGAGAUUUGACCAUGCCACUCAAUCAUCCAACGCAACUCUGCCAUAAUAAGUUCACAAUCAAGAAUGUAGAACUGAGAAUCUCAAUCAUCAUUUCUCGUCGUCUUAAAGGUGUAGUGAAGCCGUAAACAACUCUCAGCUGAACUCUGACAACUCUUCUACUCAACCACAUACCAGCACCGCACUUUUUUAAUACCACGAAGAAUUAAUUUUGGGCCUUUCCAUUGAAAUAUAAACUCUUCUACAUACGUAUUGGAGGGUUGGCCCUUCUUUUACUCUUGCAAUUCGUGGGUCGUCUAAACAGAAACGAAUCAUCAAAAGGUCGGGCAUCGAGAAACAUGUUCACUGGUCUCGUUCUUACCGUAGUAAACCGGGCGGCAUUUAAUGACAAACGCGAGACCAGAAGAAAGGAAAAGGUAAGCUCCACAUUACCGAGGAACAAAACGAAGAAACCAAUGACCAACGGGACCAAAAGCAACUUCACUUCACACUGCCGAAUCGCUGCGAAAAAGCUGCUAAGACGAACUUGUUGUUUUCCCAACCCGUUCCGCGCAUGCUCGCUACAGUUUUCGGAUGAUUGACAGAUUUCUUAACUGGGGCGAUCACGGAAAGCCGAAAAGCGGCAAGAUCAAAGGCCGUUGCCAGCCCCCCCUGGUUCUAGCUUUUGAGUCCAUGGAUGAGUGACCAUUCAAUGUUCCGUGCAGUGCCGGUUAUUAUGCUUAACAAGCCUCUCCUAACAUUGUUGUGUGUGAAUAAAAUCCUAAGUGGUGACUGAGUGUACUUAUUCUCUUCUGCUGGUCUUUUUUUUGUAGGCACGUUUGUAUGAACCCUCGAAGCCUGCGAAGGAAGCGGAAGUGCGAAAAUCCUUGUCUCAGAUGUCACUCGAAGAAAAGAAAACAAAAAGAUCAAGUUUUAAAAAUCUGUCAAAGAAGAAAGCUGUAUCCGUUGUUGUAGAUGAGGGAACAAGUUUGCAAAAAUCUAACGAACGUGUGGACACGAAAAACGAAGGUAUUAUUUGCUAACUCAAGCGCUAGCCUCAGGGAAACAUUCUUAGAACAUUUGUUGUGAGAGUGUUCUCGAUCGAGCGUUUUCGAAAUUUCUAGCUUUACACGUUGUGGUCCCCGUAAAAUGUUUGAACUUACAGAAGCAGUUUGCACGUUCAACCUUAAGCCCAGUUGACCUCAAAUCUAAUGAAGUUAAAAUGUUCAAUCAAUGUUUUGCUGUCAGACGGGGCCAGGGUCUGGAAUUUUCUACUGGCUGCUAUAAGCACCACUCUGGCUACAUUGGGAGGAACGAAAAGGAAAAUAGAAUAUCAGAACUUCUAAACUGUUCAAUAUCCAAACCUCUAAUUGCAUAUAACCAGCCCUGUGGUACCAUUCUAAAGUACUGCAAAAGAUUCCGAGGACUGACAAAAGACGUUUGCAUUUUAAUCUUUAAUUUAUUACCUUAAGUUCAACAGCUUGGGCCCAAAACCACCUCUCAGGCUUCGAAGAAUGGUAAACUCUCCAUGACACAGUUGAAUGCACUGGACAGUGCGCACACUCAACCACAGCCAUUGGUAGGACCCAGGCCCAUGAAGAAAUACACGGGCAACGGCCACACGCAAGUUAACAGAAACCCUACUGGCUUGGUUAGUUAUUAAUGUUUUUUCGCUUAAUACUUGGUCCCUGUAUGCUGUGGGCAUGCCUUCAUGCACGUAACAGAAAGCUUAAAGAAGCAAGGACAAUACCAUAUAGAAGAAUUAACCUAUCGCAAGAGACUAUAAAGGGGACAGAGAGGGCAUCCCCCAUAUACAUCCUAUUCCAUAGGUAAUUCGUCUCGAGUUAUUUUUAACACUACAGAUCUCAAGGGGGAUUCGACAACAGCCAUACACAUAGCGCGAAUGUGUUCCGCGUGGAUGACCCACGCUGAGAGCCACGCGUCCUUCACGAAAACGACUAUAGAGAGAUUUCUGCGAAAGCUGUGUCAGCGAAACCGAAAUUAAAAAAGAAUCGCCCUUCCUCUCUUGUAUUGAGCUAACAGUAGAGCAGGGAAAUCCGUAACACACUGAAUAUUCUCUCAGGAUCAUUUAUAAUUUACAGUUUGAAGAGAGCAAUUUCUGGUUUGAUGUUUAUUUUUUUUCAGUCUUUAUAGCGAUUAUUCCUACCCACUUACUUUGUCAAUUGUAGGCGGACCCUCCUAAAGCUGAAUUUCAAGGGAACAUAUUCAAGCUCAGAAAGAGAAAUAAAAUUUCAUCGUUGCUUAUUUACGUCCUCCAUAAAACGCGAAAUUAGGCAUUUUCACGUCGUAGUCGUGCAAAAACGGGAAAGAAAUGAACAAAAAAGUGUGUUACACGUGCGAAGUUGUUGUUUUGCUAAUUAAACCUAUUGUUUUUCUGACGCUCUAGCUGUCGUCCGCGUCGUUGGAUCUUAAACUCCCUAAAUUGUACAAACGAACGGUUUCAAUAGACCGGCGAAAUUUCUCAUUUUAUUAAAGCAUUGAGGUUACGACAACUUCGAGUUAAACUGAUUUCACGGGUUGUCAAAGAGUCCAGCGAUUCCUUUUUCCCAGGUGAGCGCCGACUCAUUUCGCUUCAAUAUUCAGGAAUACUCUCGAUCUUUUUACGCUUUCAUUGCCUCUCGCCCGACAUGUUUUGCACGGCGUUUGGUCAUGCACAACCUCCACGAAACAUCCACGCUUCGCGCGAGGUAACUUUAUCCCGAUUCUAAAAAUAACUCGAGACGAAUUACCUAUGGAAUAGGGUGUAUAUUGGGGAUGCCCUCUCUGUCCCCUUUAUAGUCUCUUGCCUAUCAAGAAUAUAAACGUGGAACGUGAUUGAAGCCUACCAGUGCGGUAUAGCUGCUUGAAUCUUUUUAAAGCAAAAUAUAUCUUCAUUUUCCUGAUAUAAUUUAAGUCAAUUUAUCUUCACCACCUUUGGCUGUUUUUCCCUUGUUUUAAGAACAAAAACUACCGUACGUCAACCAGAACGUCGAAAAAAGCAAUACGUUUAAUAACCAAAACGACAUCUGAAAAAGUGACACUUUCUUGGUUCAUUUCUUUAUCGUCACUUAAAACGACGACGUAAAAAUGCCUUAUGAGGCGUUCUAUAGAGAACGUGACUAAACGGCGACGAAUUUUUGUUUAGGGCUGUUUAGAUCCUUGUACCAGGAAGAUCGUAGAAGGCGGAACAACUUUUUGUUGGGUUUACACGCAGAAAUUUCAGUCUUGUGGUCCCUAAGUAGAGAAGGAUUUAGAAGGAAUUAAAAAUAGCGUGUAACAAAAAACAGAAAUACAAUUUGGGCCCUUCUGCUCUCUUUACUGACCUUAAUUACCAUACUGACCUUAAUUACCGCCUUUCAGCAGCUUUAUCACAAUAAUCAGUUCGUGGUAACGCCAAACGAAAUGAUCGGCAUCCAUUGCCGUGAUGAGCCAGUGAACGACCCACCGCCAUUUUUGUCUGAUUUGUCCCUUGUACCUGGAUCUUCGUAGCAUGGUGCUAGGAUCGUUCAGCAAAGGAAGAUCCUAGCGCUUGGGACAAGUAGAACCCAUUGCAUGUAAACCGAAUACAGAAAACAUAUGGUCCUAGGAUGAUCCGCCUUCAAGGGUCUUCCUUGUGCUAGGAUCUUUCUCCCAGCAUGAAAACAGGCCCUUUCUCUUUUUGAACUUGGGUAUGGUUCGUAGAGAUUCAACUCCGGGAGAGUUCGACAUUCAUUUGUCAAAGUGAGUGAGUUGGAGUAAUCGCGAUCUCGUUUCAAAGAACGCGAAAUCACUUUCGACGUUCCGUCGUGGUGUCCUAAACGCUCUGGCCCUGGUUGCUCGAAGCAUGGUUAGUGCUAACCAGCGUUAAAUACCAUGGAAACCUAUACAUUUUGAUACCUCUUAACCAACUGUUAGCGCUAACCAGGCUUCGAGCAACCGGCCCCUGUUGUUUUUGGGAGUGAAUGGGUUUAAGGAAGAUGUUCACAGAGAUGUGGAUAACAUACAAGAGCGAGAAUUAUUUUUUUAGAAAUGGUUAGACGUACACUUAAAAGAUAUAUUUUGUUUCUUUUUGUUGCAGACCCCGAGCGCAAUUGAUAAAAUCAACCCUCCUGUAGCAAAGUUCAAUACAAACGCUAGAGAAACAACUCGUUUCACCAGUAGCAAUCUGUCUGCUGUCAAUGGUCGCCAAUCUCCCGUAUAUGUAGCUGUCCCAGUCGACAGACCGCCGGUAAAAGUUAAACCCAAGAUGCACGCCUCUGAGCAGGAUACUAUAGAUAUAUCAACAAUCAAUGAACUGAGGAGCAAACUGAUUGAUGUCUCCAAUUCAGGGUGAGUCCAGCAAAAUCGUCUGACUCUCCCCAGGCUUCAGUGCCGAAGGCGACUAAAACGAGUGCUCCUGGGGUCAAACGCAAAGAUACUUAUUGACCAAGAGUAAAUCGUCUUGCAUCAUUCUCUUUCAUAAACAUAAACUUGUUGAUAAAACACUCCUUUUUCUUUUUUUUUUUUUCUUUUAAGAGAUAUCUCUCCCAAGUCAUUUUUCGGAACUAAAUGGCGAGAAACAAUUUUUGCAAGAUUUAUAGAAUGAAAAUAAUAAUAAUAAUAAUACAAUGCUGUUUUUUUUUUGUUUUUGCUUUUUUUUUUUCAGAACGUUGGUGACAUACGCUUUACAGAACCAAGAAGAGAGGGAAGAGGUAGGUAGAAGUGGCAGCUCAAAAGUAAAUUUCUCUUGAGCACCAAGUAUUUUUUUUACUUCGUAUCAACAGAAAAAAUAUUAUGCUCAAACUGUAGCAAGUAAAUUUAGUAAUGUCGACAAUCGUUUUUUCUCUCGGCAGCUUGGUCCAAACAGCAGUGGAAGUGACAGAGACCAUGCUCCAGGCAAUGUUACGCGGUGGAAAGGGGACGAGCCUAAUUGUGUUACCAUGGCAACUGGUGUAAUUCCCUGGGAAGACAGUAGCUUACAACAUGUUGGCUUUGUCACUGGAAAACAUGGCCAGAAGUCUCAAUCCCCUGUUACCACAACUGGUAAGUAAAUAACGAAGUAGACUGUCGCACUGGAGUGUUACUUGGGAAAACAGGGAGCUUAAGGAGCAACGACGGCAACGAAAAUGUCACUUAAAAAGUGAUUUUGGCGCUGCUUCAAACUUCAGCGCGCUUAUUCCAUCACGUUUAAUUCGUCAAAUGAUAUAUCGAAAAUCAGGGAAGGAAAAAGGAAGUUGUUUUCUUGUGUUCACGUUCUCCAAAAAGCAAAAACUAGGCACUUUCACGCCGUAGUAGUGCAGUGACGGCGAGAAAUGUACUCAAAGGCGUAGUACACGUGCAAAGUUGUUGUUUUGGUUAUCUAAACCUAUUGCUUUUUUGCUGUACUGUGUUGCUCUCACUGUAGUCGUUGCUCAACCUCCUUAAUACGAGCACUUGUAAGCCGGUGUAUAUUCUGUCUUAAUAGUCCUCUAAUGUAGCAACUGACCUCCAGUUGGUGUUUGGGAGGCUGAAGGCAUCGUUUCGGUUGUUUGUUCAAUGUUCCCUGAAAGCCAUUUAUGUGAGACCAUGAGAGAGCUGUUGCAUUACCCUGACGAAAGGAACUAUAGUAAAAAGCAAUUACGGUAAUUUCACGAUUUCCUCAUUCUGAAUCUGGAUGUUACUAAACGGAAACUUAGCAUAGGAAAGCGGAAAUGAGAACGAGACAGGAAAUGGGUAGUUAGGUUAGUGAUAAGGCUUUGGUUUAGUAUGGUUAGGUUUUGUCCCCAUAUUUAACUUUCCUAUCCAUGAUCGUUCCAUUUUCCCCGUUCCCUGUUUUAGUAGCAUUUUUUGUGACCCGUGGAACAUGAUGGAACGGAUAAUAGAUUUUCUGAGUUUUAAAAUUCCAGUCGUAUUAGAGUCCCUGAUCACCCCCUUGGUCAAUUGUAGGGGCGAUAUGAUGGUUUCUGCCGUUAAGCACCAGUGUCCUUGGAUAAAGAAGCUUUUUUUUUGUUUCAUUUCUUUAGGAAUAGUACAAAUUGGAAAGGGUUUGGGAGAGGAGGAACUCAUUUCUGGUAACUCUAAGAAGUCAACUACACGUCAUAAAACCUCUGAAAGUCCCACUAGGAAUCAGGAAUCAGGUUUGCUCUUCAUUGCUUGCUAGUUUCUAAAGAAUUACUGAACAUAUUCCACUAUUUUAUUACUCUGUUAGAGCAUCUAUGCUAAUUUUGAAAGCGGAGCUCUUUUGCCAUUUUUUUGUGAGCGUAUCUUUGCAUUUCAGAUUAUAACAGCGCGUACUUGCCUUGCCAGGUGCUGCGCCAUCGACUAUUUCGCUGACUUUUCAGUUUAAUUCUGGCGUAUUUCCUCAAGAAAAAAACUCUUCGCCGCCGCAAAGACCACCUGCCUUACCACCACAGCUGAAGAACUUUUUCAGACCACACGGAGCUCCACACAGAUAG